UUUCUGUCGCUCUCAGAUUAGUCUUGUCUGUGCCACCAUCAUAGACCAGUUACUGACGGCUCUCUGCUCAGAGUAUUACGGCAGUCUUAAUUCAGCUUACAAACUACACUGGACUAAAAGACAGUGGGUCUUUAAGUGACCCCAGAUUCAAGACUAAUCUCCUGCCUUCUCUGGGAUAUUCUUUUCAGGACAUUGGAGCAAGUAUCUAAAUCUAAACUGGAUCUAUAGCCUCGGGACAGGACCUUAAAUUUCUGGAUGCUCAGUACUUGGGUCCAUUAACGAUUGUCCUGGUGAAUGACUGUGUAACUCUGACUGGGGUUGUAUCCUUCAGGGCGUGUGUGUUUUGGGUAGACAGGUACAGAAGCUGCAGUACUGGACUCCUGCAGUGAUUCCAGGUUAUCUUCACAAUAGCUGACUAAAUUUUGACUGCAAACAUGGCCUCAUUAAGAAGUUUGAUCCUUGCAAUGCUGCUUGCACUACUCUGCUCCUUCCACACCCCACUGGCCCCCACUGCAAAGGCCCAAGAUCUGCCAUUCCACUCUGAGGAGGGUCUAAAGGCUGAUGAUGACGACGAUGACGACGACGAUGAUGAUGACGACGAUGACGACGACGAUGAUGAUGACGACGAUGACGACGACGAUGAUGACGACGAUGAUGACGACGAUGAUGAUGACAAUGAUGACGACGAUGAUGACGACGAUGAUGACGACGAUGAUGAUGAUGAUGAUGAGGAGGAUGAUGACGACGACGAUGACGAUGAUGACGAUGAUGACGAUGAUGACGACGAUGACGAUGAUGACGACGAUGACGAUGAUGACGACGAAGAUGAUGAUGACGACAAUGACGAUGACGACGAUGACGACGAAGAUGAUGACGAUGAUGAUGACGACGAUGAUGACGAUGACGAUGAAGAUGAUGAUGACGACGAUGACGAUGAUGACGACGAUGACGACGAAGAUGAUGAUGACGAUGAUGAUGACGAUGAUGACGACGAUGAUGAUGAUAGUCAUGAAGAUGAUGAUGAGCAUGCUUAUCACAAAGGGUCUCUGUGCUCAUAUUGUGAAUUCUGCCAGCACUGUGACAGCUGUGAUAAAUGUCCCUGUGAAGAAGAAGACAAGUCUGAACACUGUGAUGACUGCAAGAUGUGCACUUACUGCAACAUAUGUCCUCUUUGUGAAACUGUUUGCAAACCUGGAGGACUCGUUGAUGAAGUAACUGGAUCAAUCUACAAGACUGUAGCGGACGUCUUUGAUGAUGAUAACUGAGGCCAACCAUAUGUUGCCACCAUGUGGCCCAACUAAAACAUUUCACCUUCAUUUUCUUUUUUUGAGUACCCCAUACAUUUGAUUAAUAAUGACUGAACAAAACUGAAAAAUAAGCAAUAUAUGUGUUUACUGUUGUUACUUGACAAUCCGUACUUUUAAAAUGUUACUUUUAAUUUGCUCUGAAUUAUAUCUAAUAAAAAACUAAAAGAUAUGCUUAGUGAUCAAUGUAUUGGAUAUAAAAUGCUGAAAAGUGAGAAUACGGUUUUUUGCAUAUCUAACCCAGCUGCCCAGUAAACGGAUGAAGUGGGGGAAGUUGUUGAGAAAGCUCUUACCCACCUAGCCUAUGAAUUCAUAUUUUGUCAAAUUACAUUAACAAAUUUGAAUCUAUUUAAUUGGAAUUUUACAUGAUGGACCAACACUAAGAGUCAAACAAUAUUGAAAUGGAAGGAAAGGUAUGGUUUUCAAAACUUUGUACAAAUUAUAAUAAUACAUUUUCACUAAAGUUUGAGACAGUAUGUGAUACACUGUUCUGUCAAAAUAAAUGAUAUUAUCCAGCAUAUUGUACUUUUAGCUAACGAUUUUAAUCUUUACCGUGACAUUUCUGGUCUAAACCUUUCACGUCCCAAAAUCUGGAGUAUAACUGAAACCUUGUUCAGAUCCCCAAAACACUAAUGCAUCUAAGAAAAACAAAAAAACCUUGUACACAUGUGUAUAUAUCCUUUUUUGUAAAGGGAGCUGCUUCAAUAAUUUCUGCAACUUAAGCUUGACCCUCAAAUUCACCAUUACCCGAUUGCAGUUUGUACUUCACCUUAUUAGAUUAUUAGAUAAACCAGAAAUUGCGCAGGCAAAGGAAUAAACAUGUUUAGACUGUACUACAUGUUUAAGCUGCGUGUUUAAACAUGAAGUUUACAUUAACUUAUUAUACAGGUUUUGUAUUUGCCAUGUCAAUUUGUGAAACAAUAUACAUUUUGGUUUGUGAACAUUGCCUGAAGGACCCAGAGUAACCCAAGGAUAGAGAAUCAUUCUAAAUAAAUUCACUUUUUAUUACUACA